AAUCCCGAGAUUUCUCACAGAAUCUGCAGAAAACGAAGAACGAAGUGAAAGGAGUAGAAGAAACACUUGUUCUUAACCAUGGCCGUGAUCUCCGUCCACGGCGAUGGCCGCCAUCACAACCACCUCCAUCGGCCGCAGCUCACUGGUUCCGCCGGCUCCUCUCGACCGUUUUUCUCCAGUGAUUGCGUCGAGCCUUCCUCGCUAAGCCUUCUACCCUUACACGGCCAUGCUUCUUCUACCGAAGCUGAUGAAGAACUCUAUUUGUCACUUGCACACCAAAUGUAUAAAUCUGGGAACCAUAAGCAAGCGCUAGAACAUAGUAAAGCUGUUUAUGAGAGAAAUCCGCUUCAUGUUGACAAUUUACUUCUUAUGGGUGCAAUUUAUUACCAGUUGCGUGAUUUUGAUAUGUGUAUUGCAAAAAAUGAGGAGGCGCUUGGGAUUGAUUCCCGUUUUGCUGAGUGUUAUGGGAACAUGGCAAAUGCGUGGAAGGAAAAAGGAAACGUUGACAUUGCCAUUCAAUACUACCUGAUUGCCAUUGAUAUAAAUCCAAAUUUUGCUGAUGCGUGGUCAAACCUAGCUAGUGCAUACAUGCAUAAAGGGAGAGUCGCUGAAGCAGUACGGUGCUGUCGACAAGCACUAGCUAUAAAUCCUCUGAUGGUAGAUGCUCAUAGCAACCUGGGAAACCUAAUGAAAGCUCGAGGGUUGGUGCAAGAAGCAUACAGUUGUUACUUUGAGGCAUUGCGCAUUCAACCUACUUUUGCUAUUGCGUGGUCAAAUCUUGCUGGUCUUUUCAUGGAGUCUGGUGAUUUCAACAGAGCCCUUCAGUAUUACAAAGAAGCAGUGAAACUCAAACCUUCCUUUCCUGAUGCAUACCUGAACAUGGGACAUGUGUACAAAGCUUUAGGAAUGGCUCAACAAGCUACUGCAUGUUACCAAAAUACUCUUCAGACACGGCCUAACUGUGCCAUAGCUUAUGGUAACUUGGCAAGUAUAUACUAUGAGCAAGGACAACUGGAAAAUACAAUUUUACAUUAUAAGCAAGCUAUCGCAUGUGACCCCAGAUUUUCAGAGGCUUACAAUAAUUUGGGCAAUGCACUAAAAGAUGUUGGCAGAGUGGAAGAAGCAAUCCAGUGCUACAAUCAAUGCCUUGCCUUGCAAGAUAACCACCCCCAAGCACUGACCAAUCUUGGAAAUGUAUACAUGGAAUUGAAUAUGGUGUCUGCUGCUGCUUCAUAUUACAAGGCUGCACUAUGUGUGACUACUGGAUUGUCUGCUCCUUACAACAACCUUGCUAUAAUCUAUAAGCAGCAGGGGAAUUAUGCAGAUGCCAUAUCAUGCUAUAAUAAGGUUCUCUGCAAUGACCCCCUGGCAGCUGAUGCCUUUGUAAAUAGAGGCAAUACAUUUAAGGAGGUUGGUAGAGUAAGUGAUGCUAUCCAAGAUUAUAUACGGGCAAUUGCUGUCAAACCCUCUAUGGCUGAAGCCCAUGCUAAUUUGGCUUCAGCUUAUAAGGACAGUGGGCAUGUAGAGGCUGCCGUAAAGAGCUACGAACAAGCAUUAAUUCUUCGUCCAGACUUUCCAGAAGCAACCUGUAAUCUCUUGCAUACACUUCAGUGUGUCUGCAGUUGGGAGGAUCGUGAUAAAAUGUUCAGUGAAGUUGAAGGGAUCCUCAUGAAGCAAAUUAAUAUAUCAGUUCUUCCUAGUGUUCAGCCCUUCCAUGCAAUAGCAUAUCCACUUGACCCAAUGCUAGCUCUGGAAAUCAGUCGUAAAUAUGCUUCCCAUUGCUCCUUAAUUGCAUCUCGUUUUGCUCUGCCUCCAUUUAGCCAUCCUGCCCCUGUCCCAAUCAAAUGUGAGGGGGGGUAUGAGAGAUUACGGGUUGGGUAUGUGAGUAGUGACUUUGGUAAUCACCCCUUGUCACAUCUAAUGGGAUCUAUUUUUGGUAUGCACAACAGGAAGAAUGUUGAGGUGUUCUGUUAUGCCCUGAGUCCAAGUGACGGUAGUGAAUGGAGGCAACGCAUUCAGUUUGAAGCUGAGCACUUUGUGGAUGUUUCUGCCAUGUCAUCUGAUCAUAUAGCAAAAAUGAUUAACCAGGAUAAUAUACAUAUCCUUGUCAACCUUAAUGGAUAUACAAAGGGUGCCAGAAAUGAGAUUUUUGCUAUGCAACCUGCACCGAUUCAAGUUUCAUAUAUGGGAUUCCCUGGAACAACAGGAGCAACAUAUAUAGACUAUUUGGUGACAGAUGAGUUUGUCUCACCACUUGGGUCUGCUCAUAUAUAUUCUGAAAAACUUGUUCAUCUUCCCCAUUGCUACUUUGUAAAUGAUUAUAAACAGAAAAAUCAGGAUGUAUUGAAUCCAAAAUGUCAGCACAAACGAUCAGACUAUGGGCUGCCUGAAGAUAAAUUUGUAUUUGCAUGCUUCAAUCAACUAUACAAGAUGGAUCCUGAGAUAUUUAGUACAUGGUGCAGAAUUCUUAAACGUGUACCCAAUAGUGCACUUUGGCUACUAAGAUUUCCAGCAGCUGGCGAAAGGAGACUGAGGGCAUAUGCUGCUGCACAAGGGUUACAACCAGACCAAAUUAUUUUCACAGAUGUUGCAAUGAAGAAUGAACAUAUCAGGCGAAGUGCUUUAGCAGACUUAUUUCUUGACACGCCUUUAUGCAAUGCGCACACAACAGGAACAGAUAUAUUAUGGGCGGGUUUGCCUAUGAUCACUCUACCUCUGGAGAAAAUGGCUACUCGAGUUGCCGGAUCACUCUGUCUUGCUACUGGACUUGGGGAGGAGAUGAUCGUUCCCAGCAUGAAAGAGUAUGAAGAGAGGGCAGUAUCACUGGCCUUGAGUCGCCCAAAGCUUCAAGCUCUCACUAAUAAGCUUAAGUCUGUUCGCAUGACUUGCCCUCUAUUUGACACAGCUCGCUGGGUGAGGAAUCUUGAAAGAGGAUAUUUUAAAAUGUGGAAUCUACAUUGCUCUGGUCAACGUCCCCAACAUUUCAAGGUCACCGAAAAUGAUCUUGAAUAUCCUUAUGAUAGAUAGAUAGAUAGAUAUAGGUGUUAGACGAGAAUGUAUAUAAGAAAAUCAAGAAAAAGUAGACCGAUCUUGUACUUGCUAUGUUGAUGAAUCUGAGUGUAAUUAUGUUGCAGCAAUCACGAAUAUAUCUAUUUUGCUAGCAAUUAUGGAUGAGUAAUUUAUU